AUUUUAUUAAGUGGCGAGUCUGUCAAUAGUACAGCUAGGCUAGAUGCUAUACAAUUAUAUUGUACGGAGGAUGAACUGGUUGCCUAGACUGACUCUACUGUGUGUACUAUGUACAGGAGCUGGUUGUGAAGCAUCCUCUCAAACCUUUGCUGGUUAUCUUUUUAGUGCUUUCCAAAGUGCUGACAAUUUAACAAUCUCAGCAGCUGCUGUGAGCCCCUCAGGCAAUACCACCACCUACACUGAUGUCGUGUUCCCAAGUGUACAGCUACCAUCUCAGACAUGUGGGGAUCGAAAUGGGCGUUGUGAUGUCAGUGUUUUUACUAUUGAUGGAAGUACUAGAGUUGCCGUUUUAGUGGCUGUUGGAAAUGGAACUGUUGUUGCUUUAUUUGACAGACUGAACAAUAGACUGAUAUUUAUCGACCAGCAUUUUUUCUUCUUGCCUGGCAUAACUUGUUCACUUACAACGUUCGUUCAAGACGACAUAUUUUUGUAUGGUUUAUGCUAUGAAUUCACGAGCAAUGAUGGUGUAGUAUUGUUGAAUGUGUAUAGGACGGUGUUGAACUUUGAUCAACUGGAACUCUCAAGCUUUGAUGUCUAUAUUGCUCCAAGAAGUACUAAUUAUGAUUUUUACAUUUCUCGAGGUUUUCUCUCUUCUUGUACUGGGUUCACCAAUGUCUACUGGUUUGGAAAUGCAUUUUUCUACUAUCUCAGAGUUGACAUCAGUGACUCCUCAAUCAACGACCAAGAUAUUAGUUUGAGUGAUCCUGCCAUUGAACAAUGCUUUGAUAAUGGAACCCACCAAGUAGUGAUAUUUGACGACAGCUCUUUAUUGGCCUACUGCAAUAAUAACAUAACUGUUGAAGUAGAUUUCUGUCAAAGAAGUGAACCUGUAGUGACAAGAACUAGAUUCUACUGUUCUGGAAGCAGGGACACAUAUCUUGAAGUUAGUGAUAAUUUGACCGUAAAUUCAUCAAUGGAUUAUGCGAUUCCCUUCCCUUUGGAUUCGUCUGUACCUUAUGUGGGUGACUGUGUGGAAAUAAGAGGACUAAUUUUCUUUGUUGGAUCGUCUACUAAUGGCUUCAUUGUGCUUACCAAUGUACUGGGAAACCUUACCACUAUUUUAGCCACAGACGCUCAAGUGAACCAUCAACUGAUUGAUAAUCGAUUCAUACUGUACAGUAACUCCACCUCCUCCGCUCUAUUGGACCUGUCUUGUCCGGAACCAUCCAUCCCAAUUCAUGUCAGCAAUGUGUCCUUUGAGUUGUCGGCUUUCUUUUCAAAUUCUGAGUUUUCCUGCUUCACCGAUCAACCAACUCAACCACCCUCCACUACCGUUACUAUUUCUACGGACACAACUGACUUCACAGAAGAAAGUAGUGCUAUUCAAACUCAUUCAGGUGGCACUAUUGUAGGAAUUAUUUUUGGAACACUUUUGUUUGGAAUUGGAAUCGUUGUUGUGGCCAUACUGGGCAUACUGGGGUACAGGCAAAGAAGAAAAAAGCAAAGAAAGUUUCCGAUCACUGCAAAUCCUCAACAAGCGUCAACUCCACUCAUUGAACAGCAGUUAAAACCACCCACUACAGUAGAACAGAAUAUUCCUGCCACACAAGAGCCCACUAAAGAAUUGUACACAGAACCUUCCAUCGAUACACCACCAUCCACAGAACCAACACCCGGACCCCCCACUGUGACUGAGCCUACUGGACCACAACCACAGUUAGGGGCUACUCCCAAUACGUUUAUCCCCAACGGAAUCCCAAAACUUGAUCUACAUGUAGCAGGUUCAGCUCAAGAAGAAGGAAAGGAAAUAGACAGUUCAGCUUAUUUGGCAAAUCCACAUGAUCAAGGAACAGACUUGAACCCUGUAGAGGACGAUAUACAACGGCAAAACUCGAUAACAAGUGUAGAAAGCAGUGUCACUGUUGUAGCUGCAGAGCCUGCCCAACGUGAUGGCAAUGAUGACGCUGAGAUUGUGGCCAAUGGUAUUCCCCUUGUUGCAACAAUGAGGACAUCUACGAGCCGUGUGAGUCGUGCAAUUACAGCUUCUCAAGCUGAUCCAAGCAUCAAUGAUUACAGUAGAGCAGCCGAGUGUUGUGCAGUUUCAGUUUCCCAAACUGGACAUCUAGAUACCGAACAUCACAGGACUGAACCUGGCGUCGAACUUCUCCUUAAAUCAAAGUCUUUUCAUUUCGAUCAGCUUCAAGGUGCAAUAGACUCGAGACCACCACUGGAAACUGCUCCUACUAGAACCUCAACCGACUCACAAUGUUCUAACUCACCACUAUCUGUACCUACCAACCUAAUCCAUACUGACCACAGUGAUUCUCAAGAGCCCGAUAAUGAGAGAAUAAACUGAAGCUAUUAUUUUACAUACUUACAGAAGUUAGUUUUUAGUGUUGGCAGACCCAGUAGCUAGUCUAUUUUAAUCAUUAUUUUCAUUCACGUAGGUUUCUAUUCUUUUUUUUAUCAGUGCACAGCAUAAUAAUUA